GCCCCACUGGUGCCAGUCCUGCCUGACACUUACAUUCAGCACCCAAUGGUUGUGGGCAGGGCUCUUUCCUGCUCCUUCACCCCUCCUGCCCCCUUGCUGGAGGCACAACCAAACCAGCACCCAGCACUGAGGGCCGAAGGCGGCACCCAUGCCCUUACGCAAGCCCAUAAGGAAGCUGUAGGCGGGCAUGAAGUGACUUAUGAGGCUGAGCACCCGCCUGCGCCUGGCCUUCCCCUUGUCCUGGUGUGGAGCGAGCGCCUCGGUGGCCCUGCUGCAGGAGCCACGCACCCAUGGCCUGGCACUGAGCCCCCUCUCUGCCUCACGGGGAGCCACAGGCCCAGGAGCUACAGGAAGAUGGUGUGCCUGCCCAUCGCCCCACUGGCACUGGCGUUGAGGAGGUGGCUGGGGAUCGGGCUCUUCGUGCUACUCUGCCUUAGUUUAGGCUAUGCACAGGAGAAGAAAGCAGUCAAAAGCAAAGUGGGAGAAAAAGUUGGCCUGCCUUGUUGUCAUGAAAUUCCCAGCUCAGAAAGCCUACAGAACUACCGGGUCUACUGGCAGAAGAACAUUACAGAGGUAGUGCUUGCCUAUGCAGCAGGGGAGAGGAUCUCUGAGCACAACUCUGCCCGAUAUGAAAACCGGACAGAGAUAGACCCCAGGAACCUCACCCUGUGGAUCUCCCCUGUGGAAAUCCUGGACAAUGGCCCUUACUGGUGUGUAGUUCAGCACCUCAGAUCUUCGCAGAACUCCGUGGUUGUGUGUAAUGAGCCUGUCAACCUCUUUGUUACAGCUGACUUCAGUGAGCCGAACCUAACAGCAGAAGUAUCCGCUGAUUCUUGUGAAUCAACUGAGCUGGUGGUAAUGUGUUCUUCUUAUGGAGGUUUUCCCAAACCCAGACUCUCUGGGGCCCUCAACAACAUGUCCGUGGUGUGGAAUGCCAGCUGGGUGACCGAGUCCAACCUCAGCCCGUACAACAUCACUGGCAAACUGUCACUCAAUGUGACCCAAGAUUUCAACAUCACUUGCUCCGUUGAAUACAACAGCUUUACCAAGUCCACCAGUUUGCUUCUGAGAAAAACAAAUGACUGUGUUCUCCCUACUGUGGCUCCAUCUUAUAAUGUCAUUACUGCUUCAAGUAUCAUCAUUGUCAUCUUCCUUUUGGCUAUCACCCUAGCAGCAAGGUACCUCCCAAGGCACGUCUGUUCUCACUGCUGUAAGUGUCAGGAUUCAGUGGAACAGGAUGUGAAAGAGGGUACAAAGCCACCUGUGUGCUCUAAAGUGACAUCUGAAACAUCAUUUGUAUGACCAGAUUGCAUUGGCAGCAGCUGGAGGAAUGGAGAAGUUUCCCCUUCAACACUUGCCCAAGAAAUGCUCAUCUAUCUCUUAAAAGGAGCUACUUGUGAUACUGAGGUGUUGUGAAGGAUGGGCUGAGGAAAAGUCUGGCUUAGCCAUGUUUUACUAGUACAGAGCAUUAUAUUUGUUUUAGCUCGAAAGCUCAGCUGUGUUCAAAGCUGUGUCCUCCGAAAAGACAUUUUUCAAGUUAAGAGACUUAAGUAAAGAUUAGCAGCUAACUGCUCUUAUUCACAUCAUUAUCCAGGUGACUGUAUUUCCUGCUCUCACCUUGGCAUACUGAAUACAUUGCCAGGGCAAUGCAGUAGAGCAACUGCUGUAGAAUCCUGGGAGUCAUGAGUUUGUCAUGCCGUGCACUGCAGUAAUCUGAAAGUGUAACAUUUUUGUGAUGGAAAGGAAGGCAAACUAUCAUUCAGGCCAUUUGUCUCCUUUCCAAACCUGACCACGCACUCAUGUUUUCCUGUGGGGGAAGGCCCUAUCUUGAACAGAUACUAGAGCCUUGGUUAGCAUGAUUUCUGAGGGGGGUUGUGAUGGAAGUGGCAGGAGUUCACUUACUGAAUAAAUCCAUUCUGCCACAUUCCUCUUUUGUUACAAAAGCUUGCCAGGCUUUUUCUGCAAAUGGUUGGUGUUUCUAACUGCAGCUCUUGGAACUGCUGCUUGUCUGCGGACAGGGAUGGAAGCUGUGCUUCCCUAGUGGCUAAGUCAUCUCGUAACUGUGUGAUGUGCUGAGCCAUGUCCUGUUGCUGCUUAAAGAGGGUAGCACAUUCACAAGCCAUCCUCACUCCGCAGACAGCACCUCUCCACGGUCCAGUUUU